UUUGAAUUCAUCCAUCGAGUAAUGCUGAUGUAGUUGAAUAUGGGCAGCCAUUUUCGAGAUGGUAACAUCGUUGCGAGUAGGCAGAAGUGACAGUAGCAUAGUAAUUUACAUCUAACGACAGGGAGACCUGCAGUAAUAGAGAAGCUGUCGUCAAAUUUAUUCAAACAUCACAUCACCAUCAGUUAAAAGCUGACUCAAUAAAAUCACAUUUUUGUCGUGUGCUUUUUUUACUGUUUCCGAACAUCCACAUUCCACGCAUUUCAACAAAUUUACCAUCAAUUUUUUGAGCCUUUUAUUUUCAGUAACGUUUGUUUUGAAAUUCAACUCGUUCGCAUUACGUCAAAUUAACUGACAGUUCGGAUUGAAUGAGUGGCAGUCUCCAAAAAGACAACAACCGUUUUUUGUGCUUCAAACAAAACUUCAUGCGAAACAACGUACAACGCAUACAUUGACAAACACAGUGAGUGCACACGAAUUCAGAUCGACACAAUAAAUUUCAUUUGUAAUCAUCGAUAAAAUAAAACAAUGGCAAACUAUACAGAAGAUCAAUUGGCCGAAUUCCAAGAAGCCUUCAACUUGUUCGACAACCGAGGUGAUGGCAAAAUUCAAUUGAAUCAAGUUGGCGAAUGCUUGCGUGCCCUAGGUCAGAAUCCAACUGAAUCGGAUGUGAAAAAAUGUACGCAUCAACUCAAGCCCGAUGAACGCAUCUCAUUCGAAGUGUUUCUUCCAAUAUAUCAUGCCAUUUCGAAGGCCCGUUCAGGCGACACGGCUGACGAUUUCAUCGAGGGACUGCGUCAUUUCGACAAAGACGCAAGUGGGUUUAUUUCAACAGCUGAAUUACGGCAUUUACUUACGACAUUGGGCGAAAAGCUGACCGAUGACGAAGUCGAGCAAUUGCUUGUGAAUCAAGAAGACUCACAAGGCAAUGUAAACUACGAAGAAUUUGUUCGUGUCAUCAUGAGCGGUUGAAACAUAGCCCCAAAAUCCGAUACACUUCCAUUACUUAAGUCUCUUGAACGACCAUUCAAAAUUUAAUUUAAAAUUUGCAACUGAAACACAUCAACUAAACGUAACACACAAGUUUCACGACUAAAUCAAAUCAAAACAAACACUUUAAACAAUAAUCUUUAUACAUUCUUACGUGUUUCUCACGUCUCGUUUCUCUCGAAUUGCACUUGGGGCAACCGAGAGCGAGCGAUCGAACGAGAGAGACAGACCGCAUUUGUACUUUACGAAUCACUUGAAUUGUAUUCAAUAAGUAUUGCACUUUUGCUAACAAAGAAUUACAAAAAAAAAAACAGAGAAGAACAACAACAAGCAGAAACAAACAUCGAACAUUCGUUUUUCGUUUUUUUUUUCUUCUUUUUUUAAAAAUUAAAAUCUCUUUUUUAAAUAAACUGUUUACAUACAUUUGUAAUAAAUAAUGUCUAAAAAAUAAUAAUCUAAUUGUCAUUUAUUUGAUUGGUUCCUUAAUUGUCUAGCUGAAAGCUAUGUUAAGCGCUCUUUCUAGGUGUUUUGUUACCAAUGAAAAUUAAAAACUCACAUACAAAAAUCGGGUUCAUUUUUUCAAAGGAAUUGGCAUUUGUUGGAAUCAAUGUAAAUCGUAGUUUUCCUUGUUUUUUUUUCUUUCGUUCGGGUGGUGGGAGAGAAAUAAGGAUUUCUUUCAAUUUCAAACACAUUCCAUUUACUUAUUUUUUUCUCUUUUUAUCUCACGAAACGAUCAGUCGCUUGUUUUAGCAGUCCUAAGUUAGCUGCCUUACUUAAAAAUCCCAUUCAAAGAUACCACUAAUACUCAUGUCGGCCAUCACACAUGACAAACUGAUGUCUUCAUCUGCUAGAGAAAAGAGAUUUUGAUUUUUUGUUCGAUUAAAACAUUAAUUGAAUCAACCCAUAGAAAUGGUGAGAAUAAAGAACUUUUCAUUUCUCUAUGGGUCGGUGUCAAUUUGCAUUUAAAAAAAAAAUCUGAAGGAUAUAUGCUGAGCAUGAAUUCUUAUCUAUUAGAAAUAUCAAAUCAAUCGAAAAACAAUUCAAAGCGCAUAUAUCCUCAGCUGCCUCUCAUCAAUUGAUUUAUAUUUUACCUGAGCUUUGUUUGAUGCAAUUGUACUUGUCAAUGCCAGUCGAACUGAAAUUUUCCGCUAACGUUGUGCGUUUGCCCUGCUUAAAAAAUGGAUGGUUCUGUAGCUCAACUAUAUUCGGCCGAUCAUCUGGAUAUCUGUCAAAACCCAUAUAGAUUCAUUGUAUUUAAAAACACCGCGCCAAAAUGUCCAUUGAAAAGUCGGUAUAUCAGUAAAACAACGCCACACAUUACCUUUCCAUGCAUAUUUCGGCGAAUUUGUGAAAAUGAUCACUGAGUUUUCGUUCCCUAUAGAUUUGGUGGGUUUGGUAUGCAAAAUUGUUAUCUAUGUCUGAUGUGCUGCCCGCUGAAGGUGCUGAUAAUGUCCAAAUACAAAUGUUAUGAGUAAAAGAAAACAAUUGUGACUGAGACGAAACGCUUAUCACGUUCCGAUUUUUGCUCGUGUGUGCAAAAACUAACAUUUUUUUCUCUGUCUGUCUGUGUGCCAUUUGCAUGGAUGAAAUGGAUAAACAAGAGAAAAUAAAACGUGUUUGGAAAUUGAUUUGACCUACAAUUUCAUCGGUCAAAACUCACACAUUACGUUAUAAUCGAUAUGACACUCACCGAAUAUUUCGUCUGGACACGUUGAACAAUCAAAUAGCACUGGUUGAUUUCCGCGCAUUUUCUCGGUCAGCAUGAAUGUGGUUGGCAUAUUUGCGAAUGGUUCAAGCCCAUUGGCCAAUUCACACGUCGUAAUGCCAAUACUGUAAAUAUCUGACUUUUCCGUAUAACCCGCUAAAUUCUGUUCCAACACUUCGGGCGCCAGCCAAUUUAAGCUUUUCACACUGUUUUGCGGCAAAUCAAAGAGCUUUUGUGUUCGUUGUCCGUUCGUAAUGAGUGUGAUUGGUUCACGGAAUCCGCAUAAAACGGCUUUGUUCUGAUUGAUUAGAAUGUGACUGGCACGUAUGGACCUGUGUAUGUAUCCCUUUCGAUGGAUAUACUCCAGCCCAAGCAGAACAUCACGUAGUAUAAGGCAAACGAUAAUUUCUGGAAAACCUAUGGUGAUAUAAUUAGUUUUAGGCGAGCGUUGAAUUGGCUUUCCAAAUAGACUGAAAGAUAACAACCAUGGUCUACCUGUUGUGAAAUAGCUAUUCAUUGCAUCUCGGCAAGAGUUGUAGCACAUUAACGGUGAUAUCACGUAUACAUCUGAAUUUUUAACGAAUGCCGUAUGCAUUGGCAACACGUGGUCACAAUCAAAUUGACGCAUUGUCAAAAUUUCCUCCUGAAAUCAAGAGAGAAAAAAAAAACGGAAUUUCUAUUAGAUACACUUCUAUGCCCAUCCGAAAUCGUGUGAAUUUUAAUUUUUCCUUCCAUUCAAAACGGCCAUGGGAAAUCAAACAGGCAUCCCACGACUGACUCACCCGAAUUAAAUUAGUUUCUUCUUUCGCUUUGUCCAUUUGAAAUUUUUUUACCGCCACAAAUUGUUGGGUGGGCACAUGUUUUGCUAGGUAUACCACACCGAUGCCAAAGCAGCAGUUCGAUAAUUCCGAUUUAAUUUCAUAAUUAGAUGAAUUUGCGUCUAAUGCUGUCUCCAUUUGUACACUGUUCUUUAAAUUGUUAACCGCUCACACUCGACAACUUCAAAAACCUGCUGCUGCUGUUGCUGCUGCUCCCGUUCUGCCACUUUUUCUCUCUCUCUCUCUCUUUCUCUCUCUCUCACUCACUCCUGUUUCAAUGUAAAACGUUGACGUGCAUACUUUCAUGUAGUAAUCAAACGUCGAUAUAUCAAAAUUCAUCAAAAACAAUCAUCGAUCAUAAUAGGCUAUUAUUUUAUUAUUACUGGUGACGCCAGAAUGUAUGUGAUGUUGCUCUAAAAUGACGAGAGAAAAAAAAACGAAAUCAAUUAUCAAAAAUUGUUUGUCAAACAUUGUAAAGGAAAGAAAAAGAGAAAAAACAAUAUUGAAAAUAAAAACAGAUCGCAUAUCAGAUGUGUAUGACACUUUGCAAGUGUCUCAAAAGAAAGUGAUGGGCGGCCGAACACUCAAUUGAUGCUAUCAAUAACCCAAUAAACAUUGCUAAUUGUGGUAAAUGAAAGAAGCGAAAGAAAAAAAAACACACACACAAACACACACACAAACACACUCGUUUUCGGUGCACACACAAAAAGAAUUCGCCGAUGAUAACGUUGUUUUGCAAAAAUGAAAUGAACCGCAAACAAAUCACAGAAGAAAAGAAAAAUUUCACCGCGAAAUGUUUGAAUAUAUUCAAACUAUUUGAGAUUACGUUGGUUUUACUAUCUAUCACUAUAUAUAUAUAUAUAUAUUCAAACUUAGCGAAAAGUCAUCGCUCUAAUGUCAAAGAAAACGAUGAAGUGAUUUAGCGAGCACUUGUAAAUGAAAUACAUACACAUAAUCAAAAUCUAAUUUGAUGAGAGUGUGCUUCUUUCCUCUCUUCUUCUUCUUGUUUUUCUUCUUCUACUUUGGUUUCUCGGUUCGUUUAUUUUGAAAUUGUGAAAAUUUGCAAAUAUUCUCUCGAAAUCGAGGCCGACUACGGUGUUUGUACCUUCAGUUGAGUGGUGAACGUUUUGUUGGUAUCAAUAAAAUAUACACUUUCAAAAUACGUCAAACACGCGAUGCGUGAUGCAAGAGUGUGAGUGCGAGCGUAUGUACUGUGUGUGUGUGAGUGUGAGUAUGUUUUGUGCGUGUCUUGUUUAGUAGGUCUGGUUUACAUUCCAUGAGACAGUGCGAAUAAUUCCUAUUCCGAUUGUUACGAAGAUCGUCAAUAAAUAAACCGAAAGAAAUGAAAAUAGAUCAUUCAUUUGUCAAGGAGCAUCACACAAUUGAUUGGUCUCGUCUAUUUGAGCAUUCAGUGACCGUCAUGGAAUUUCCACAAUGUUUCCAGCCACAAUUGUUUGUGUCAUGUAAAUUGGCGAAAUUUUUUCAAUUGAUCAAACAUAUACAAUCAAAAAUAUUAUUUCGCUUCUCUUUGUCUUUGGCACAGCCAAUUUACUAAAUUUAAUCGUUUGACUUUGUCUUUUUCUUGUUAUGGCCCAUUGAAAUCGGCUGCUUGAUUUUUUUUUUGAACAAUUACUACGCGUGAUAUCAAUAGGCGAGUGCAUGGAGAAAUUAAAAUACGCGCUAAAAAAACAAAAUAGAGACAGAACGAAACCUUAAAUGCGAGCGCACACACAGGCGAGCAUGUCAGAGUACAAUAAUAAUAAUAAAAAAAAGUGUGUGAUCUGUAUGAAAACAAAAAAAGAAUUUGGUGGAAAAGUGAAGAGACUGUUUUCAAGCGCACACCACGAUUCAUGCAUUGUCAAACAGAUGGGUGUGUAUAUGUAUGUGCACUGUAUGCACACACGCGACAACAUGGUGAUGUGAUAAAAAGCGUUUGGCAAAGGCAAAAUCACAAUAAAAAUUGCCUGAUGGAAGCUCAAUUGCAUUGAGAGAGAUUGAAGGCAUUUGCUAACCACACACCACGAACAUAUCGAUGCAAUGCAAUGUGCUUUGGUGUGUGCGUUUUUGUUGCUGUUGUGUUUGGAACGGAGUGUUUGGAACGGAGUGGCUGUCGUUCUCGCUCUUAAAUGGCGAGCGAAACAGAGAGCGCACGAUGUGUCAGCUGUGUGCAAGCGACAAGAAGCGAAAAGAAGAGCGAAAGAUUCUUUCGUAAGUAAUGAUUUACCUUGUUAUGAUUCUGCAUAUACAUACAGUGUGCAGUGUAUCUCUCUCUCUCUCACACACACACACACACACACACACACACACACACACACGUACACUCGCAAUUCCGGAGCGUGUGUAUUAGCUUGCUGAAAUAUACACCGACCCAAACACGCAGAAAAGCACAACCAAACAGCCAUAGAACGAUUACAUUACGGCGCAGAUAUAUACGUACAUACGAGAUCCGAUGACAUAUACAAAUACACACGCAUACAGGUUGAAAACGUGUAUGCGAGGCCUCAACACAAAGUGUAGCAAGAAUUCUUUAUUGUUAUUGUCUGUUUGUUAAUGCUGUUGAUAUAUUUUUUCGCCUCUGAGUGUGAGUUGUUUCUCGCUCACAAAAAAAAAAAAAAAAAUUUGUGUUUUUGAGACACACAGCGAUUCUUCUUUUUUCCUCUACGCUGUCUAGUUCGCUGUUAUAUCUUAUUAUUAAUUUUCGUUGUAAAGAGCGAAAUCGACAGAAGACGAAGGGAAUGAAAAAUAUCGGCUCUUUGAUUUUGAAGACGACGGGAAAAAAGACAGAGAAUAAUAAUAAGUGAAGAGAAAAAAAACAAAACACUCAAAUGAUUGAUUAGUAGUGUUUCUGUCAUCGAUGUAGUCUUUGUCGAGUGUGCGAUAUCAUUUGCAAGAAGAAAAGAAUAUCAGACAGAAAAACGAAGCGAGCAAAUACAGAAGAAAAAAUGAAAUAAGAAGAAGAAGAAGAAGUAGUAGAGAAUCAGUUUGAAAAUAUUGGUGCAAAGAAAUUUAUUUUAUUUUGAAAAGUGACACACAGUGUGAUACUGAGAUACCGAACGCAUUUUUUUUCCUCUCCCUUGUUCUGGCUUCAAUAUAUUAAAAAUAAAUGCUUCGAUCGAACCGAGCGCAGGAAUUAAAACAAAUAUCAUAAUAAUAACCAUAUAUACACACAACAAAAGAGUGGGCAGCGGUAACAAUUCCUUGAAUCAAAGUCACCGCAACAACAGAAGAAGAAGAAGCAAAAAAAAAACAAACGAACUGCUUGCUUGUUGGGGAGACAAAACGUUCAAAAAGUAAAUAAUGAAAUACGCAUGAGUUUUUAACAGUGCACCGCAGAAUAGAACCGAGAAAAAAAAGCGCAAAGAUGAAAAGCAAAAACGAACAAUGCUAAUCGACGAAGUGAAACAUCAAAAAUAGCAGAUGUUACAUGUUUAUCAGUCAUUUUUUUCCACGGAGCCUAAAUGAAUUUGCAGUCUAGCGUGCGUUUUCAAUAUAAACACUGUGCUAUUUAGUUCAGACGCUUGUUCAGUCACUGUUCUUUGCUACGUGAUCAGUGCAGUGUGGUGGUUUCAAUUAAGGGAGACACAACAAAAAAAAAAACAACAACGCCAGAAUUGUUGAAGAGAAGUGUUUAGAAAGAGAAAUAAAACGGCACCGAGUCCAUUCAACCAACCACCGAAAUUUAUAUCGAUAGACGAAGAGAGAUAGUCUGGACUCAAUGGUGAUAACAAUCAUUUAAGACGACUGAUUGAGAAGACGACGACGACGACAAAGACGACGACGGUGACAACGAAAUCGACCACUUCGACAACAAUAUCGAUAACAACAGCGAAUGAUUAGUCCAAAGCAAUCGAGACGUGAGGUGCCCACGAAUUAAAUUGAGCGACCAAAUGAACGAAGAAAAAAAAACAUCAUGUUUGGGUUCAUGUUUAAAUUUCAGCGUUUCAUAAAUGGUUCACUCUUAUCGAUAAGUGAGUGAGAGUGAAGCGGGUAGACGUGCAAUUAUAAAAACAUACAUAUUCUCGGUGAAAUGGGACAAGAAAAGCUUCGGCAAUAAUAAUACACCGUUGCGACCAAAAUUCAAGUGAUCAACCACAUUCUUUUGUUAUACUCUGUUUAGUAUUAUCCGCAUGAAGCUCCGAAUAAUCGACUGAACGCUCCGACCGACCGCCAAGCCGAACAUUUGUUUUACAUUUCGCAAAUCAAAGAAGCAAUUUAUUGAUGUCGUUUGCGUAUACAUAUGGGUGCUGCAAUCCAAUAUAAACCGAUUAUUUAAAUGGAUUGUUUUUUUCUCGUUUAAAAACACAUCUAGUAGAGAGAGAGAGAGAGAGAGAGAGAGAGAGAAAAAGAGAAAUAGAAAUAGAUAGGAGUCUAGUAGAACAAAGAACUACUGAAUUGACAAGUGCAUUUUAUGUUUAAAGCUUAUCAUUUUGUAUCAAUUCAUCAAAUUUAACCACCAUUUUCGUACAAAAGCUGUCAGAUUCGUAUCACACACGAAGAAGAACUUUCUGAAUGAAUAUAAAACGUUCAAGUGCAUUAAAUGUCAACCGUGAAAGUAGUAAACUUCAAAUACGAAACUCAAUUUGGGUUUUUUUUUCUCGUAAUUUUCAGCAGUUGAAAUACCGUUUUUUUUCUACUGCUGCUGCUACGAUAGUGCAUAAACACGAAAAA